AUUCAACGUCACAAAUCUCGUGAAUUGUGUUGACGGAAGCUUGCAGAAUAACUGGGAUUUUCUUUAAAGAUUUACAGCAUAUCCGGUAACAAGUCAGUCGUAAAAAAAUCAUUGGACUUCACUAACCUUCCAAGUUGGAGAACUUUGGAAUAUUUGGAUGAUAAUGGCUACCGAAAGCAAGGAAUCUGAGAAGGUGCAGUGUCCAUUGGCAAGUAAAAAAUUGCCAGGUCCACCGCAAGGCCGUUUGUUCGGGAAUAUUUUCCAACUCGAAGAAAGAUCGCACUUGUCUUGGACUAAAUGGAGCAAGGAAUUUGGAACUAUCUAUGAAAUCAGUAUGGGGCCGAUGGGGAAAGCUAUUGUCAUUAGCGGAGCUGAGGAGCUUGCAAAUGCUUACGAACCUGGUUCAGAAAACGACAUCGCAUUUAGUGAUAGGUGGAGACCACCGGUACUCGAAAAGGUUGGAUACGCAGGAAGUCUCAUAUGGGAAAACUGGUUAGAGGGAGCAAAGGAGAGAAAACAUCUUUUGGAAGAAGUUUUAAAAAACAUGGACAUGGAAGGACUUCUGAAAAAAGAGAUGAAUGCAUUAUGCGACGUGUUGAGUACCAAGAAACAGGUCGAUGUGUGUGAACUCCUGGAUCAAGCUAACAACAACAUCCUUCUGUCGCUCACUCUCAAUCGAGGAGAUCGUUAUGAGUAUACAGACGACGAAUUCAAAAAGUUAUCAGAAGUCCUUACGUCAUAUAACAAACACCAAUUGGUAGUAAGUCCCAUGAAUCUGAUGCAGUGCCUGUGGCACACGCCUCUCUACAGUGCAAUGCGCAAAAGUCUUGAACGUAUGAAAACAAUAUUGCAUCCGUACAUUGAAUCCCAUCGUGACGAUUUCGAUAGACGGAACAUCCGUGAUCUCAUAGAUGGCUAUCUAGGAGGGAUUGGAGAAACAUCAUUUGAUGUGCAAGAGGCUGUCAUCCACACCAGUAGUCUCUUUCCAUCUUCAUGUUCUCUGAAGGCUUCAAUGAAGUGGGCUAUAUUGUUUGUAUUAAGUGAUGAUGGUGUUCAAACUGAGAUUCAAGAAGAAAUUGAUCGAAUUUUGGCGGAUACGGAUGAAGUGUCUGAGGAAGUUGUAAUUAGUAAGAUGCCAUACAUCAACGCGGUAAUCCAGGAAUCUCUACGGCUUUCCUCUCCAAUAGCUCAGCUUCUUCCACAUUGUCCAGUUAAAGACACACACUUUGCAGGUUACGAGUUCAAGAAAGAUACAAUUAUUUUUUCAAACCUUUGGGGACCAAAUCAUGAUCCAGAACGGUGGUCGGAUCCCUUGCUCUUUAAACCUGAUCGUUGGUUGAACCCGGAAAACUUACCACCGAACUUCAUGCCGUUUGGGUCAGGGUUGAGGAAGUGUCCUGCAUACGACAUGGCUUUGACAGCACUGCGCAUGCUCAUUGUUACAGUUUUCAAAACAUUUCAUCUUAAAAGUGUUGAUGGGGAGAAGCUGCCAACUCUUGACGACAGCUUCAUGUACAUUGGUGCUGUUUUCCCAAAGCAAUUCAAUCUCAUUGCCACACCCAGAGAAUUGAAACGUUCACACUAGUCUUGUUUGUUUCAUGAUAGAUAAGUUAGAUUGUAUUCUGUAUGCUAGGUGUAGCAUCCACUUGGGUAAAAUCGUGUUAAGUAUUAAACCUAAGCCUAUUGUAAACCGUUUUCUGGAUAAAAUUCAAUUCAGUUCAUUCAAUGCAAUUAACAUUUAUUCAAUUAAUUAAUCAAAUACAUAAAAUGAUAAAUAAAGUGGACAACAUUAAAAUUAAUUAAUUAGGAUCAAAAAUAGAAGCAAAGCUUGUCUCAAUUUGACCCCGACAAUAUGUAUUCGAAUUAACUUUUAAUAAUCGUGUUAAAGGUGGUGUUCUUGUUAAAUAAUAAAUGUAGGCCACCGGUAGCAUAAAACUAUUUUCAGUCAAAUCAGUACUCGCACUCCGCCAAGUUCACUUGGAUGUCAACACGAUAUCCCUAUCUUAAUAUGAUAUUAGUUUAGCAGUUUCGGUAAGUUAGUAUUUUUGUAAAAAUGUAGGCAAAUAACAUAAUCUGCAAUUAUAAUAAGAUAUUUUGGGGUUUUGGGGAAAAAUCUAUUUUUACGGAACGUGAGAACGCGCGCGCAAUGUAUGCAGACAGCGGGAAAGGACGACCGUCAUACGACACAAUAUGUACCCGGUUUAAUCAGUAAAAUACAAUUGGACAGUGCAGACUUCGAUCAACACAACACUAAAGUACCGCAAAUGCGCCGCGGCGCUUAUAAAAUUUUUGGAGGCUUCAGUGCGGCGCUUAUUCGAGAGCGGCGCUUAUAAAAAAAUAUUGGUGUGGCGCUUUCCAUGCCCGUUUCCAUGUUACCAUAUCUCAUAGUAUUGCCGUUGUUCGGUAGGUCCUACGUCAUCGUAAAUAAACGUUUAUAAAGACA